AUGGAAGGAAAAUGUGCCAAAACAAGUUUAAUUCUCUGCAAACGACUUUCCUCCCAAGGGUUGGGGUAUGAACCAGUGGUUUUGAUGAAGUUUGACAAAGAAGGAAAUACUAGCUAUUUUGAAAAAAAGAAAACAGAAUUGUACCAGGAGUUGGAUCUUCAAGCUCGAGAUCUACGAUUUCAACACCAGAUGAGCAUUACAAGUAGGAACAACAGGAUCAUCAUGAGGAUGGAGUUCUUGAAGGUUGUCAUAACACCAGAGUUUCUUCUGAUACUGGAUUAUCGUAACUUAAAUCUGGAACACUGGCUCUUCAACGAACUAGCGGCCCAGCUAGCUGGGGGGGGCCAGCUGGUCACGUAUUCCCUGCCCUUCGAAUUCCGAGCCAUAGAAGCCAUCCUGCAGUACUGGAUCAGCAAACUGCAGGGGAGACUUAACACUUUGCAGCCUCAGAUCCUUGAGACUCUGGAAGCUCUAGUGGACCCCAAGGUUUUGUCUGUGGAUAGGAGUAAACUACACGUUCUCCUGCAAAAUGGCAAGAGCUUAUCAGAACUGGAAACAGACCUUAAAGUUUUCAAAGAAACAAUUCUGGAGAUCUUAGAUGAAGAAGAAUUAAUAGAAGAGCUCUGUUUAACUAAAUGGACUGAUCCACAAGUAUUUGAGGAGAGCGCAUCUGGGAUUGACCAUGCAGAGGAAAUGGAGCUGCUCCUGGAGAACUAUUAUAGACAAGCAGAAGAUCUUGCAAAUGAAGCUCGUGAGCUCAGAGUAUUGAUAGAUGACUCGGAAAGCGUAAUCUUCAUGAACCUGGACAGCCACCGAAAUGACCCCCGCCUAUUCUGGCUGGUGACGGGCAUUAUGUUCCUGGGAAGCGGUCUGAUCUGGCGGCGCUUGCUCUCCUUCCUCGGGCGGCACCUGGAGCCUCCGCUGCCUCCUCACGUUCCUGCAAUUUUGAAAAAGACCCAGCCAGCAGCUUCAAGAAUGGAGAUAAAGAGUGACCUUAAAGCAGAGACAUUGGGACUGAGCAGAAGCACGCUGCCAAACAACUAGAAC